AGAACUGGAAGUGUAUCAGGAAUUUCUAGUGAUUCCAGAGAACCACCUGAAAGUUGGAUCUGGUUGAGAAAAGAGCAACUUGAAGCUUUGAGUUGUUUGCGUGAGCGUGUUAUUUUCCAUGCUGAUUACGGGACUGGGAAGACGCUUUUACUGAAGAGAAAAGCCCUGGAGUUAAGUGAAAAGGCUGCCAAUCAAGAAAUAAGGGAUUUUAGUCGCAAGGUUCUUUUCAUCUCCCUAGCAGCAGCAGCAGCAGCAGCAGAUGAAUAUAAAAAAGAGAUUAAAAUUGAAGAAAAAUGGAGAAAUGAGACAAUAUUAGAUCUCUGCAAUAAACUUGAUUUUAAAAAACAAGUGAAAAAAAAAACAAUGAAGGUGUGUGGAUUGAGUGAUCUGGUAGAAGAGUAUGAAAAAUCAGGAAAGAGAGUAACAGAAGGAUUAACUUGGACUGAGUUGGUCUCCUUUAUUCUGUGUAAGGAGGAGUACAAAGAUCAUCAUGUGUUCAUCGACGAGAUUCCAUUUUAUAAAUCAGGUAUUGAGAAGAUUGCUGAGUCUGCAGAUCCUGACAAAAAUGGUAAAUCAUAAAGUUAAAAUUAAUCAGAGAUUGAAUUACAAUCAGCUUG